AUGUUUUUAAGAAAGCUACUCUGUACUUAAAAAAAGUUUACUAAUCCAUUAUUGAUUAAUAGCUAUAGAUUUUCUACUUAAAACUAACAAAAAGGGAGAAAGAGAUCUCAAAAUAAUCAAUAAAAUCAAUAUGCAUAAUAGCAAUAGCAAUAGCAAUAAUAGUUUUAGCAAUAACAAACUGUCACCAAAUAGGAAGCUGACAAAUAAAAAAAAAGUGAAGAAGAUGAAGAUAUUCAUGCAAAGAGAUUUGCUGAAACUCUUAAAAUUGAAAGCACUGAACCUGGUAAAGAAGGUGAAGUAGAAGAAAUCAAAGAAAAGAGAUAAUCAAGCAGAUUUAUUUUUAAUUCUUCUUUUAAUUCUAUAUAAAUUCCCUUGGAUGAUGUCAAUAUAAUCAACAUUGAAAAUGAAUAAACAUUCCAUAGAGUACCUAAACUCAUGCAUAAUUUAGAUUAAGUAGUAUAUAGUCCUGGUCUUUAUAAGUUAGAAGAUAUUGCUUAAUUAUAACCAGAUGGAGGUGAGUUUUUGAAGACUAUUCCACAACCAGAUGAUAUUGACUUUGAUCGUAUCCCUCCUUAUAUUCCACCUUCUAAUGAUAAGCUUUUACUUGACUUUGCUAAAUAGAGUAAUAUCCGUUAUGUUAUGAGUACUUCUACUAUUUCUAAUGUACUUUCUUAAAUAUAUUUCUUGUUUUCUUCUUUCCGUAAUCCUAACUUUGAUAAUAUUUCUUCUGCUUAUGACUAAGAACCUAAAAAGUACAUGAUUUCUUAAAGAAAGCCAACUUCAAACAUGCUCCGUAAGCUAGAUCCUAAAAAUGGUAUUUAUGCUCUUGAUAGUGACAGUGGUUUAUUUGAAACUCCUAAUUAGAUCUUGAUGGACUUAGGUAAGGUUAUGGAAAGAUAACUCACUCUUGAUCCUGAAACUUUUAGAAACGGUUUAUUAAAAAAUAGUCCUGUUAAGGAAUAGCUCAUUGAUGAUGACCACCAUCGUUUUAUGAAGCUCAACAAAAAUAUAUGCUUACGUUCUUAGAUUGAUUGUUAGGCAAUUGAUCCUAAAACUGGACAACCUUUUGUUUUUGAAAUUAAAACAAGAGCAGUAUGUCCUAUUCGUUACGAUCUCAACAAUUAUCUUGAUCAUAUUGAUUAUAGAAUAAAUACUAAAUUUGGCUUACACUCUUCUUUUGAAAGAGAGUAUUAUGAUCUCAUUCGUGGUGCAAUGCUGAAAUAUGCAUUUUAACUUAAAAUAGGUAGAAUGGAUGGUGCAUUUAUAGCUUAUCAUAAUACUAAAGAAAUAUUUGGAUUUGAAUAUGUUAAAACUAAAGAAAUUGAAACUAGAUGUUUUGGAAACCAAUUUUUUGCAGAUGCAAGUUUUGUUGUUUGUUCAAAAAUUUUAACCAAUUUGCUUGACCAUAUUUUGAAUGACUUAGAAAAUGAAAAAUACGAAAUGUUAAAAAUAGGUUUCUACAGCGAUUCCCCUACUAAAAAAAUGAUUAUCUUUGUAGAAUUAUUCCCAGAGUAAACAAAAUGGGAUGAAAAAAAGAACCUUCUUAAACCAACAGAUGAUGUUAAAGACGAGUUUGAUUACUAUACUAAAUAUAAAAAGCUCACAAACAAAGUCUUGAAAUAUGAAUAUUAAAUAUUCCCUUUUAUAAAUGGUGUAUUAGCUAAAUCAAAUAAUUAUAGUUUAAUGCCUGGAGAUUAGAUUGAAGUCAAAUACAAAUUUAAAAAAAUAGGUAAACCUGCAUUCUUAGAUUACAUGAAUUUCCUCCACGAAGCCUAUAAAUUCGAAACUAUGAACUUAGAUUUAUCUUAUAUUGGUGCAUGGGUUAAAUGA